UUUACCGCAAAGACCUCUGGGCCACUAAUUUAUUUGACGCGGUGAAUUGUGGGCAGUCAUUGGUCCUCCGAGUCGUACUGUCAGAGACAGAAGAGGAAAAGAGACACCCCACUCGCUGUAUUUUCCUGGUUCAAUUAAUGUCAAUGAACUAAGUAGACCCGACCAGGCCCAGCUGCAAUCGCAUUGGAGUCUGAGAGACGCACCCAGUUAAGUAGACCGGAACUGACCAUUUGUUUCAAUGGUAAACGGCUUGUGUGAACUAUCUUCAUUUAUCCACCAUCUUUGUUACUGUCUGCUGCUCUUCCAUCGGAAAAGAUGGCUGCCUCGGCAGCAUCGGCGGGUUCUACCCCCGGUUUUUGCCCAAGCUACGCCGUGAUAUGCUCUUUUCUAGAGCGGUAUGGAACCUUGCUUGAUUUACCGGAGCUUACAUUUCCGCAGUUGGAGCGAUAUCUCCAAGACACAAUCUCAGUUCCAAAGAUCUUGGUGGACCUUCACGUGAAGUUGUUGAGGAAGAUUGGCAAGUCAGUGUCCGCAGACAGAUGGGAGAAAUACCUUGUGAAGGUGUGCCAUGAGUUCAACAGUACUUGGGCAUGGGAGCUUGAAAAUAAAGGAUACAAGGACAUGUCUGUGGAGUACAAGACUGGAAUCCUCAAACAUUUGUGUGAAUGCCAGUUUGAUGACAAUGUAAAGUUCAAGACAGCAAUCAAUGAGGAGGAUCCUGAUAAGAUGCGGCUUCUCCCCAUUGGCAAGGACAAAGAUGGCCUCAUGUACUGGUUCCAACUUGACCAGGACAAGAAUGUGAGGGUCUAUGUGGAGGAGCAGGACGACCUGGAUGGGUCUUCCUGGAAGUGCAUUGUCAGAGACAGAAACAGCUUGGCUGAGAUCCUGGCACUGCUAAAGACACAAAUCGACCCAGCACUGUUGACAAAGAAAGAAGGAGAGGAGGAAGAUGAGGCGAAAAAUAAUACUGGGGGAGAAGGGGAAGUUAAAAAGACAGAGGAUACCUCAGAGGAUGAAGAGGACAAACCCUCCAAGGGAACAACUUCUCCAAAAACCGAGAUUACAGAAAAAGAGGAAUCACAGCUAGACAAAUCAGAUGCCAAAUUCUCAUUGAAUGGCCUCAAAGAUGAGUCAGAGUCAAAAAGCCAAUCAGAGGAGCCUAUGGUGGAUGACAAGGUCACCAUAAACACCCGGGCCAUCAAAGAAGAGCCAAUGGAGGUGUCAGAAUCCAAGGAGAGCACAGCCACAAAUGCUACAGAGCCUCUUGCAGAGAAAUCUUGUCUGACGCCACAAACAGAACAGACAGAUGAAGCCAAGAGGAAGACUGCAAAUGAACUCCAAAGGGCCAUGAAGAAUGACCAGCAGGCCAAAAUCCCAUUGAAAAAGAGAGAGAUGAAACUUUGUGAAGAUUUUGAUAAUAAUAGUGGUGGUGGCAGUAGUAUCUUUGUGCGAAACCCAUCUGUUGCUCCUGUCAAAGAAGCUCCUGAAGUUGAGGAGACAAGUAAAGAGAUCUCUGAUGCCCCGGUGGGGACGAUAGAGUGUAUAAGUGAUCAAAUGAAUGGUGAUGCUCAGCCUACAACAGAAAAAAGCAUCAAUAAUGGUUUAAGAGACUCUGUUGAUGGCAAAAAACAGCAAACAAAAGCUGCUGCUGGGGAAGAACGUAAAGCAGCAGAAGCUAGUGCAAAAGAGAAAAUAAACCUGGACAAGGAGAAAGAGGAGAUGGAAAGCAACACUGAGGUGGCCAUGGCCAAUGAAACAAGUCUACAGAAAAUGGUUCCAGCAGAAAAGGAAAGCACUGAAGAUUCAGAGGAAGUAAAAAAAUCUGCCUUAAAAGAGGCUAAAUCUCCAUCCCCUCUAAUGACAAAGCCAUUGACUUCAUCUAAGGAUGCAACAAGCCCACCGGAGAAGCACUCUGAUUGUAAAGAGGAACAAAAUGUCAAGGUAUCCAAGUGGGAUGUAAAAGUGUGUCGUACAGAACACACAACCUAUACAUCAAUAGAAACCGAUGAAAACCCUUUGUCUAGUAAGUCACAGAAACCAGAUGAAACUAAAGGAACAGAUUCAUCCAUUACCUCUCAAGAGGUCAAGUCAGCUGUCUCUAAGGAAACAGACAAAACAGUUGUGAAUAAGGACGGUUAUCCCCUUUCUGUCGUGAAAGAUAUGGAAAAACCACCCUGCACAAAGGGUACAGAAAAGUGGUCAAACCCUAAAAACCCAGAAACCUCAGUCAUUACUAAACAAACCGGGAGACCUGACCCAAUUACAGAGAAACCAGACCACUCUAAAUGCAUAAAGAUGCCAACCGUCGUAAAAAAUACAGAGAAACCACCCGACAAAGAGGGUGUAGAGAAAUGUAAUGUUUCUAAAGAUAUCAAAACUUCUGUAAUUAAAAAGACAGAGAUUUCAGAAAAGAGUAAAGAUGCUGAGAACCUGGCCAUCUCUCAAGAGACCAAUACAUCCUCAUUCCUUAAAAAGGCAGACAAACCAGUUUCCAAUAAAGAAGCAGAGAAACUGGAGAGCAUUAAAGAGACUGAUAAAUCGUUGGUCAUUAAAAUGACAGUGAAACCAGAGGCAUCUAAACAUACAGAGAAAUGUGAUAACCCUAAAGACAAUAAAAUGUCAGCUGUCACCAAGGAGAAACCUGCUGUAGGCACAGAUGCAAAGGCUGCCGCUGAGGUGAAGAAAAAAGCUGUCCUGGAGGAAGUUUUCUCAGCGUCUAUCUGUAAAGAUGAAAUGAGAACUGUUGCCAAAGCGACUAAGACACAAUCUGGACCAAAAGACAUGGAGAUGGCAGAAGUCUCUGAGAAAACAACCCAAUCACAACUGGGUGAACCCAAAAAGGUAGAGAAAUUGGCUACCCCUAAAGAUAUUGGGAAAUCGGUUACCCCUAAAGACGCAGAGAAAUUGGCUACCUCUAAAGAUGCAGAGAAGUCUGCUAAAUCAGCUACACCUACCCCUAAAGAUGCAGAGAAGUCUGCUAAAUCCGCUACACCUACCCCUAAAGAUGCAGAGAAGUCUGCUAAAUCCGCUACACCUACCCCUAAAGAUGCAGAGAAGUCUGCUAAAUCAGCUACACCUACCCCUAAAGAUAAAGAUGCAGAGAAGUCUGCUAAAUCCGCUACACCUACCCCUAAAGAUGCAGAGAAGUCUGCUAAAUCAGCUACACCUACCCCUAAAGAUGCAGAGAAGUCUGCUAAAUCCGCUACACCUACCCCUAAAGAUGCAGAGAAGUCUGCUAAAUCCGCUACACCUACCCCUAAAGAUGCAGAGAAAUCUAAAGAUGCAGAGAAGUCUGCUAAAUCCGCUACACCUACCCCUAAAGAUGCAGAGAAGUCUGCUAAAUCAGCUACACCUACCCCUAAAGAUGCAGAGAAGUCUGCUAAAUCCGCUACACCAACCUCUAAAGAUACAGAGAAGUCUGUUAAAUCCGCUACACCUACCCCUAAAGAUGCAGAGAAGUCUGCUAAAUCAGCUACACCUACCCCUAAAGAUGCAGAGAAGUCUGCUAAAUCCGCUACACCUACCCCUAAAGAUGCAGAGAAGUCUGCUAAAUCAGCUACACCUACCCCUAAAGAUGCAGAGAAGUCUGCUAAAUCAGCUACACCUACCCCUAAAGAUGCAGAGAAGUCUGCUAAAUCCGCUACACCUACCCCUAAAGAUGCAGAGAAGUCUGCUAAAUCAGCUACACCUACCCCUAAAGAUGCAGAGAAGUCUGCUAAAUCCACUACACCUACCCCUAAAGAUGCAGAGAAGUCUGCUAAAUCAGCUACACCUACCCCUAAAGAUGCAGAGAAGUCUGCUAAAUCCGCUACACCUACCCCUAAAGAUGCAGAGAAGUCUGCUAAAUCCGCUACACCUACCCCUAAAGUCGCUGAGAAAUCGGCUAACAACACAAUCUCUAAAAAGAUUGUUCUAUCUUCUAGCGGACAGAAACCAGACACUGAAGAAACUGAGAAACUGGCAGACACAAAGCCAGUUGCAGAAAAAGGAGAGAAACUUGUCACCUUUCAGGACGCCAAGCAAUUACCCUCUCUCAAAAAGUCUGUCCCAGUGGAGGUGAAACAGGAGGAGCCUAUGGAAAUGCAUUCGGAAAAGUCAACACAUGACAGCAUAAAGAUCAAGGGACAUGCUGAAAAAGGCUGGCCUAAAAAGGCUGUUAAAAGUGGAGUGAAGUCUGAGACCAACCCUAACAAAGACCAAAAGCCCAUGAACUGUGAUACAUCAUCAGAAAAACAGACUAUUAGUAAGAAGGCAUCAUCUCUCACUGAGGGUGAGACGGACAAAAGCCAGGACAAAGUAAUCAAGGAAGAUGCCACAACACAGGGAUGCCCCCCAAAAGAGGUUGGCAGUAAGCCUGAUCAUCCUAAGAAAAAUGACAAAAUGGAGGAUGAUGGAACUGAGAAAGAUGAGACAAAUUCAACGGUAGAAGAGAAAUUGGCUCAGGCAAAAGCAAGUGAGGGGUCUGAGGAAGAUGAUAACAAAGAGGAUGAGGACAAGGGUGAAAAAAAGGAUGCGGGAACAACAUCAGAGAUCCAAGAGGAGGGAAUUCGCCUGAAAAUACGCGGGAUUACCCACCGGAGGAGAGCUGAGCUCCAGAGAAAGGAGAGGGACUCUGGGUCAGAUACUGGUGAGACUGGGAGAUCCCUAAGGAGGUCACCCAGGAUCUGCAGGCCGACCGCUAAGGGGGUGGAGUUCCAGGACAGGAGGAUGGAGAAGAAAGAGGCCACACCCCAUGUAGAGAAGGGUGAUGAGGAGAAAACUGUUCAGAGGAAACCGAGCGAGAAGGUUGAUCAGGAUGGACUGUACAAAUCUAAGGGGCGACGGAGGAGAAAGACCCGGUGGUCCAACACUCGAACACAAUGGCGCAAAAAUAAUGAUUCUGGUGAAGACGAUGAAAGUGAGUCGAGUGAAGAGGAGAGCGAGGAGGACAACAGUGAUGAGAGCUUUAAGGUGGAGAGGGGCAAGAGGAGGAAGAGGAACAGAGAGAGGCACAGCGAUGACUCUGACACCUCCUCGGAUGAUGACCUCCCGCCUAACGAUGACCCCUGCAAACACUGCGGCCUCCCCAACCAUCCUGAGCUGAUUUUGCUGUGUGACUCGUGCGAUAGCGGCUACCACACAGCCUGCCUCAGGCCCCCUCUCAUGAUCAUCCCAGACGGGGAGUGGUUCUGCCCACCCUGCCAACAUAAGCUGCUCUGUGACAAGCUUGAGGAGCAGCUUACUAAUCUCGACGCUUCCCUAAAAAAGAGGGAGCGCGCUGAGCGACGAAAAGAGCGGUUGGUCUAUGUUGGAAUCAGUGUUGAAAACAUCAUCACUCCCUCGUUGGAGGUAGAGGAAGAAAGGGAGGAAGAGGUGGUGAAGAAGGAGAAGAAAGAGCGAACCAAGAGCUGGGGUCGAAGGUCCACAAGGGCAAAGAAAAGCAUAAGCUACAGGUUUGAUGAAUUUGAUGAGGCUAUUGAGGAGGCAAUUGAAGAAGACAUCAGAGAGGCUGAUGGUGGAGGAGCUGGUCGAGGCAAGGACAUGGCCAACAUCACAGGCCAUAGCAGAGGGAAGGACAUGUCCACUAUCCUGGCAGCAGGAGAGGGUGGCGAGGGCAAGGAGAAUGGGUGCCUGCCGCGGCUCAACGCCAGCCAGCGCAGGAAGAAGCGCCGGCGUCUCAACGACCUGGACAGCGACAGCACUAUGGAGGAGGAAGAGAGCGAGGACGAGUUCCGUCUCAGUGACAGUACGGAGGAAGAGGAGUUUGUGGCAUCGGACAAGAGCGAUGCAGAGAGCGAAGUGGCAGUCGACUCCAAUGACGACAGCGACUUCGGCAGCACACAACGCAGAACCGCCAGGACAAGGAGGCCAGCCAAACGUCAGAGGAGUGCUCAGCCGCGACGGCGCCGCACACCACGAAGGUACUCAGACGAUGAAGAGGAGACGAGUGAGGAAGAAAUGGUGUCGGAGGGCUCCAGCGAGUUCAGCGAUAGCGACCUGGACUGUAGCCGACGCCGAUCCCGCCGGAGUCAGACGACGAAGCAGGUCAACUACUGCGAGUCGUCCGGAGACUCUGACGGCUCCAAGGCCAACACAAACCGUGACAAAGUCAAACCGUGGCGGCGCCUCGCCAGUUCAGACAGCGAAGCGAGCUCCUCCAGAGGCUCAGACGACAGCGAGAGGGAGAGGACUAGGUUAAAGAGGAGGGCAGUCUCGUCCGAAAAGGAGUCCCAGCAGCACCGCAGACGACUUUCGCUGAAACGGCGGCGAGCCUCUGAGGAGGAUGAUGACGACCACGAUUCCGAUGAAUCAUCGGAGGGAGAACGUCCUGUCCGCAAGCGUGUGAACCGCAUCGACUCGGAUGACUCUGAUAAGGAGGAGGAGAAGGAGACGAAAGAAACCAGGGAAGAGGAGGAAGGGGGAGUGCUGGGGAAGGGAGCCAGCCCGUUGGACUACGGCCUUGUGGAGCUGCAUCCCCCCACCAACGGACAGAGUCCCAUCAAGGCCCUAGAGGGCCUGGCUCACAUUGGGCCCCAAAAACCUGGGGCCACAGCUGUCGCCAUAGCGCCCAAUGGACUGGAGUUGGCACCACAGGAUGAUGAUGAGGAUGACCUGCUGGGGGUCACAGACCUGGUGGACUUUGUCUGCAACAGUGAUAUGUUGUAAAAACCCAAGUUGUACGUUUGUUCUUUUCCGUAGUAUUUUUUAAAAAUGUUUCUGUCCUGUCCUUAUUAUAAAACUGUUUUAUUCAUCCUCCUUGUCCCCCCCAUUAGUAUGACCCCAUCCAUCCGUAUGAACUGGACAUCUUACGGGGGGGGGGAAAGUUCAUUGUCUUCACACCUUUCGCUGUGUGAUUGUACAGUCAUUGAGCACACUAACUCCGAAAGUUGUUAAGUGGCACAUUACUUUGCAUUGUCUUAUCCUCUGUACUCGGUCACCGAUGGACAUGUGGGUCAGAUACUUGACCGUAAAUGACACACAAAUCAACCUACCUGUUUCUCCAGCCAACUUCCAGGGUUGUCUACUCAGGGGUCCAUCCACUACCCCCACAUACAAAGAGUCCCAUCUCUCAAAUUCUUGGUUGUGUUCAUUAGGCCCCAAACGGCAGAAAACCGACAGACCAAGAGGGACUACCUUGCCUUGUCCAUUUAAGAAACGCUGAUUUUCUGUUGUGUGACCUAAUGAACAUGACCCAUGACUUCCUGUUCUGAGAGGCACCUCUCAGUAUUCCUGCCUGGCAAAGAGGACAUUUUAUUGUAUGACAUUUAAUUGUUUGUUGGUAGGAUGUAGAUGUGUAUUGUUGUUCAACAUUUUUAUGAGAAUAGAUGUCAGGGGUCAAACUGCAUUCCAUUUACGACUUAAAUUAACAUAGUUUUGUGGAUCAACUGCUGGAAACCAAUCGUUGUUUUUAUCCCCCUGCUCUUUACCCCAAACUUUAAAUAUGAAUGUCUUUCACUUUUUUGAUAUUUGAAUUCCACAUUUUAAUCCUCAUACAUCGAUCAAACUAUUUAUUCUUUGUUUUGAUGUGUUCAAUUCUAUUAGUCAUUUGUUUGAUAAGCUAAACCAUUACACAGGUUUCCCACCCACAAGCACUGGAUGAAAAAGCAUGAGCAUAACAGUUUAAGUCAGAAUUCCCAUAGGAAAAUAUGACACAGAACCAUCGUCAUCAUCAUGCUAGAAACAGCUUUUUUUAACUGACAGACUGGGAGACCAGACCCACAACCGAUCCCAUACUUUCUAGAAAAUACAAUCUCCAAAAGAGUGUUUCUCAUGGAUUUGGUUAUUUGUUUUUACUCAAAGUAUUGAAAUGUUGUACUGCAGCCUAUAUCCCGUUUUUAUUUUUAUCAAACGUUCCCAUCAAGUGGUAUUUUAACCGUUUUUAAUUAUUGUUACAAACACUAUUAAGGCAGCUAGCUCCUCAGUGCAUCACGCCAAAUUACAGGUAUCAUUUAAUCAACAUUUAAAUCUGUUAACUACCACCACAUUGACAAGACUUUCCUUUAAAUGGAGGUUUGAGUGUAUUUAAUGUCACCAACUAGAGUAGACCAACCCUGAUCUUCUCACCUCUGUGUGCAUAUGUUUCUAAAAACCCUAGUUUAGUUUGUGUACGUAUAAAUAUAAUUUUAGUGUGUGCUGCCAACACUAUCAAUGGAUUAAAUGCCCAUGUUUUAGACUUUUUUUAUAUGCUAAUAUUCGAAGGGAUUUGUUAUGUACAGAAUUUUCUGCCAACUUUCUCUGUUCCUCUCAAUAACCAUGUCAGCAUUUUAACCAUUAUUUUACGUACGUUGUGUUUUUAUAAUGUAUUUCUUUGUAUAUCAAAUCAUCCACUUAUUGUUCUCCUCCUUAGCAAACCAAGUGGCAUACUGUUUCCUAUGUACCUUCUUGUCGAUACUGUAUGUAGGUUCAAAACCUUGAAGUAAAGGUACUUACUGAGUAUACACCUAACUACCUGUCGUUGUUCAUCGACUAUUUUUUUAAAAUGUGCCCUGGUCUUUUCGGAACCCUCUGCCACUACCAGUGUUGAUUGUAGAGAACACUACCCUCGCUCUAGUCUUCCCUCUACAUCUUACUGCAUCAACUGGAGACUAAAUAAAUGUCUCCGAUCUCAGAAAGCCUAUCCUUUGUCUGUUCUCAAAUAUGAGCUCAUUUUGGUUUCAGGGUUCCAUUUUGAGGUCAGGUUAAAUCACUGCCUUUCUGGGCCUAUGUUCAAACAGUUUCUCAGAGUAGGACUGCUGUCCAUAUUAUUCAUAAUGAUCUAAAAUGCAACUGAUCCUUUAUCAGCACUCCUACUCUGAGACUGAAUACAGGCUCUGGCCUUGAAUCAAAAGAAGAUUAUGGAUAAACGGCAUGCUGGAUUCAUCUUUGAGGGAAUGAUAUACCAGAAUGCAACUUGUUUGGGGAAAUGGUUCAGACCAUAAAUUGACCUCUAAUGUUAGUGUGUAUAUCUAGUUUUUGCUGUAAUGUAUAUUUAGAGGCAUUUUCUUUUAUCAUGGAAAUAAAUAUAUUUGGCAAUUAUU